AUGUCUACGUCAACAAUCAGAUAUAAGUACAUUGAAGAAGUCGAGGUACUAGAGGAUUAUCGGCCAGGAGGCUACCAUCCUUUUCAGAUUAACGAAACUCUGCAUCAUGGUCGUUACCAGAUAGUGCACAAGCUCGGGCAUGGUACAUUCUCGACCGCCUGGCUUGCCCUAGACCAAAAUUCAUCUACUUAUGUUGCAGUUAAGAUUGGAACAGCAGAUUCCGAUAAAGAUGAAGUCGAAAUACUGUCACGGCUGGCAAUGACUGUUACAGAUGAACCGUUGAUCCCUCGAGUUCUUGACUCUUUCACUGUUGAGGGCCCCAACGGAUCACAUCCAUGUCUUGUUACAACACCCACACGAUGUAGCCUCAUAGAUACAAAAGAUGCAUCCGACUCAGGGUUGUUUCAACUAGACGUGGCCCGGUCUCUGGCUGUCCAAGUUAUAAAAGCUGUGGCUCAUGUACAUUCGCGUGGUUAUGCCCAUGGAGAUCUUCACUUGGGCAACCUAUUGUUACGGCUUCCAGCCUCGCUCAACAAUUUGUCAAUCGACCAGUUGUAUGCAAAGUUUGGCGCCCCAAAGUUAGAACCUAUCGCUCGCCUAGACGAGUCAGUAGAACCUUUACCGACCGGUGUGCCUUCUCAUGCUGUUCUGCCUGUUUGGCUUGGUAUACCAAGUGAUGAGAUCUCCCCAGGCGAUACCAAACUCUUACUGAGUGACUUUGGUGUCGCAUUUCGGCCAGCAGAUAAAACAAGAUGCGAGUCUAAUGCGCCCCUCGUUGUCCGCCCUCCUGAGUCGUAUUUCGAGCCAACGAAGCCUCUCACCUUUCAAUCAGACACAUGGAGCCUUGGUUGUCUGAUCUUUGAGCUAUUUGCCCAUCGCUCCCUCAUUGAUGGCAUUAUCGCUCCCCAGGACGACAUCACUGCGCAACAAGUUCAUUUGCAGGGUAUUCUGCCGCCAGAAUGGUGGGACAAAUGGGACAAGCGCUCGAAAUGGUUUGAUUACAACGGUAAGGCUCUCGGUAAUGAGCGCGAUAUCUGGUCCUGGGACAGACGGUUCAGGCAGUGGAUACAGGAGCCGAGGAAAUCAGAGAGCAUGGGAACCAUUGGUUCGGAGGAGAUGACUGCGCUGUUGGACUUAGUGAAACGAAUGCUUGCGUGGAAGCCAGAGAACCGGCCUCAGGCACAGCAGGUAUUGGAAUCAGGAUGGGUGAAGGAAUGGGCUUUGCCAGCCUACGACAAAACCAAGAGAACUUCCAAAGUCGAACCAGCAUAAACUUGAAAGAUGUCGGAUCGAUGCUUGCAAUAGAAAAAGAACUUCAGCAAAUGAUUAGUAAAUCUUUCCGCAGAAUCAAGAGUCGGUCAAUUAACAUUGUCCGAACCGUUGUACAGAUUUUGGGGCAGUGAAACGCUGUAACACUUAUAACCUUGGCAUAUGGCCAUAUACCCAGCCACCACGGGACCCUCGGACACUUCCAACACCAUCCCACCCAUGCCGAAGUCCCCCAAAAUAAGAAAAGCAUCACUUGAUUCCAAACCAGUUCAGGCCAUUAUCUUAUCUAAUCACUUGUAUUUGGUCUCCA